CACUGUAUACAAUUGAAUUUCGAAGUUUCGAAUAAUUUUCAUGAUGAACUUGAAAAUUUAAUUAAUUUUUCUGGUACUGAGUGUAAAAAUGUCCUUUCCUAAAGUGGAAGGAUAUGUGUUUACUGAGAAACUUGGGUCUGGGAGUUAUUCAACUGUAUAUAAGGCGUAUACAAAGAUAGGAGCGCGUACAACAGUAGCAGUGAAAUGUAUAGACAAGUCACUAGUGAAGCACUCGGGGGCCGCGGUGGACAACCUGGUCUCCGAGAUACGGCUGAUGAAGACCCUCACGCACCCACAUAUUGUACACAUGAGGGAGUUCACUUGGGAUGAUCGUAACAUUUACAUAAUUAUGGAAUACUGUUGUGGCGGUGAUCUCUCGAAAUACAUACAUAGGUACGGACGAGUUCCGGAAACUAAGGUAUUAUAUUUUCUACAGCAACUCGCUUCAGCAUUGAAGUUCUUACGAGAGAAAGGCGUAGUACACAUGGAUCUGAAACCGCACAAUCUUCUUCUACACAAAGACUCUGAUGGCAAGUACUUGCUGAAAGUGGGCGAUUUUGGUUUCGCGCAGUACAUGAGCUCAGAGCCGAUGCGCUCGGUGCGCGGGUCGCCGCUGUACAUGGCGCCCGAGAUGGUGGCCGGGGAGUACGACGCGCGUGUGGACUUGUGGAGUGUCGGUGUGAUAAUGUAUGAAUGUCUGUUCGGCAAAGCUCCGUACUCGUCGAACACGUUCAAAGAACUAGUAGAUAAGAUACAGAGGAAAGCGCCUAUAGAAAUACCCGCAAACUCGUCAAUAUCCCCCGGCUGUAUAGACCUCCUCACGCGUUUGUUACAACACGACCCGGACAAACGUAUAACAUACGAGGAUUUCUUCAAUCAUGAAUACUUGGAUUUGGAGCAUAUGCCUUCGAAGGAGAAUUAUGUAAAGGCAGUGGGGCUCAUAAAGCGUGCGAUAGACGCGGAAUGUACGGGCGCUCUGCCGACCGCACUAACUCUGUACAGUGAAGCCUUGAGAUACUUAGUGCCGGCCGCGAGAUGUGAGCCAGAUGCUUUGCGACGAACUGCGCUCAGUGCUAAACUGGCUAGCUAUAUGGACCGGGCCGAAGAAAUCAAGCGUUAUCUAAAGUCCCCUCAAUCCAUUCCCAAUGUCCCCCAAACUGGGGCUUUGGGCCAAACGCACGGGGCUAGGAUAAACACGUGCUGUAGUGGGGAGGCGUCGAGGAAUAGCUAUGAGUUUAAUCAAACUGAAAUAAGAGAAGAACAGAGUAACUCACAAAUACACAAUAGUGUUGCCAAUAUAACAAAUGUUGCCGACGAGAACAUACCUGUUGCUAUGCAAAGUGUUCCCGUUGCUAUUAGCAACGAGUCGAAUUAUAGGAACAAGCAAUGUAUAGAGGAUAAAAACCACACGGAAAAGCCGCGAGGUUUCGCGCGUUUUUUACGACUGCCUUAUUUAGAUCGAGAAAAUAGUGUAGACGAACAGACAAAGAAGCAAACAGAAAAAACAGAAAAAACAGACGAAAACACAGACUUCUGUAAAAUAUCUUAG